GUUCUGUUCUCAGCCUCAUCUCAAACUUCUUCUCUCUUAUAGCUUUAGGAGCAAGAGCUGUUGUCACAGUCUUAAUUCCAAAUUCCCCAACCAGACCAGUGCCCUACUGGAAAGCAAGUGUAACUCCCGGAUGUUGCCCUCAAACUUGUAUCUGGGGCAGGAUGUUAUUAUGUGCUCCACGGUUUGGUCAGGGUUUCGACAGUUGCAGCCAGGCAAGGAUUUUAGGCACCACUUGUACACCAGGUGGCCACGCCAGGCAGGUCCAGUGCAUAUCCUAUUAAGGGUUAUCUACAUGCUUCAUGGCAGGUUGAAGCCUGGUUGUUGCAUUGUUGGGUUGGAGAUGAUGUGUUUAUUUGGGAAAGUGUUUUCUGCCUAAGCUUUCCUGCAGUCUUUCCUCAAUUUGUAUUUGUUAAAGCACAAAGUGCCCAUCUGACUGGGAAUGCAUGCCUAUCUAGAGACUGGGUUCCUGGUCCAGCAGGGUCACCUGGGACUCCAGUGUGCUCUGCUGCCAGAGAGGGAAGCAUAUUUCCGCUAGCCCACUAUUACUGCUGGAGAAAGGAGAGACUGCUGAGGGGUGCUUUGCUAUGAUAAAGGGUACCAUAGCUUUUCAGCAGAGGGUUCUAUUAACACCUACAACAGAGGCAGUAAAAAACAAAUUACCUUGCAAGUGGUCUGUCUGAACAGCUGCAGUUCCCAUGCCUGCAGUGAUGACUGGAGUAUUCCCAGGUGAUGGGAAACUCCCAGGCAGAUUGGCCAGGGGUGCCUGAGUAGGGGCAGAGCUCACCACCCAGAUGGAAGGACACCUGGCCUCUGUCUGGGGCAGGAGAGGAUUAUAUUGCUUGUGCCCUGGAAAGGGAAAUACUAGUUUGGAUAAGAUGAAUGGCAGGAGUGGUUUGUGGGUACAUGUGGGGGGGUUUGCCUUCUUCUAGUGGGGGCAUGACCCUCUACCUGGGAUCUCUUGAGCCUAUGUUAGCAAUCUUUUAUGGAAGCAGGAUGUUGGCUGCUGUGAUUCCUCUGCUAUAGCUGUGGCAGGUUAGGGCGUUAUGUCUUGUGUUGUGUCAGGGUAGACAGUAAUUUUUUACAAAGCGUUUAGAUUCUGGGUUGUAUAAAAUGGUUUGGACGGGGUUGAUCGGGCAGGCUGUUGGACUAGAUGACUUCUGGAGGUCCCUUCCAGCCCAACUUCUCUAUCAUUUCAGUGUGCACGUGUAUACACAAGCUAUGAGGUAGUGAGACCUCUGUGGGGAGCCCAUCCCAGGACUGUAACACCAAUACAAGGAUGGGGCAAAGAAAGUGACUUCUCAUCUAGGCUGUCCUCCAGAUUCUAGGAGACUAUUUUUGAUCUGAUCCUCCUGAACAACCCAGGCAAAACCAUCUAACCCGGAAAUUCCCACAUCAAGCCAGUGUCUUGUGGCUGAGUGAGAGCAGACUGAUUGAGAAAAUGGUGCAGAGCCAAACUCCAGCAAGCUUCUGGGGAUCCCACUGACCGAGGAGCCGCAGCAGAGGUUGAAGUGGCAGGCACACCUGGAGUUCACACACAACCACGAUGUGGGGGACCUUACCUGGGACAAAAUUGAGGUCACGCUGCCCCGUUCAGACAAGUUGCGCACGCUGGUCCUGGCUGGCAUCCCACACAGCAUGAGGCCACAGCUUUGGAUGCGUCUCUCUGGGGCUCUGCAGAAGAAGAGGAAUUCAGAAAUGUCCUACCGAGAUAUUGUGAAAAACAGCUCCAACGAUGAAACCAUUGCUGCCAAACAGAUCGAGAAGGACCUGCUUCGCACCAUGCCCAGCAAUGCCUGCUUCUCCAACAUGAACAGCAUCGGGGUGCCACGUCUGCGCAGGAUACUCCGGGGGUUGGCCUGGCUCUACCCGGAGAUUGGAUACUGCCAAGGCACUGGCAUGGUAGCAGCCUCCCUACUGCUCUUCCUGGAGGAGGAGGAUGCCUUCUGGAUGAUGUGUGCUAUCAUCGAGGACCUGGUACCUGCCUCAUACUUUAGCACCACACUCAUGGGGGUGCAAACAGACCAGCGUGUGCUGCGUCAGCUCAUCGUGCAGUACCUGCCACGGCUGGACAAGCUCCUGCAAGAGCAUGACAUUGAGCUGUCCCUCAUCACCCUCCACUGGUUCCUCACCUCCUUUGCUAGUGUUGUGCAUAUCAAACUGCUUCUGCGCAUCUGGGACCUCUUCUUUUACCAUGGCUCCCUGGUGCUCUUCCAGGUCACUCUGGGCAUGCUCAGUAUGAAGGAAGAUGAGCUUAUCCAGUCAGAGAACUCUGCAUCCAUCUUCAACACGCUGUCAGACAUCCCAUCACAGAUUGAGGACGCAGACGUGCUGCUGCGGGAGGCCAUGCGUGUUGCGGGCUCGCUGACGGAUGUAGCAGUGGAGACCCAGCGCCGCAAGCACCUGGCUUACCUCAUUGCUGACCAGGGGCAGCUGCUCAACCCCAGUGCCGCUGUCAAUAAUAUCUCCAAGAUUGUGCGGCGCAGGACCCAGCGCAGGAAAUCUGGUAUCACCUCGCUGCUGUUUGGUGACGAUGACCUGGAAGCGCUGAAGGCCAAGAACAUUAAGCAGACCGAGCUGGUGGCUGACCUGCGUGAGGCCAUCUUGCAGGUGGCGCGGCACUUCCAGUGUGUGGACCCCAAGAACUGCAGCAUUGAUCUGACUCCAGACUACAGCAUGGAGAGCCACCAGCGGGACCACGAGAAUUAUGUGGCCUGUUCUCGGAACCGUCGCCGCCGUGCCAAGGCCCUGCUGGACUUCGAACGCCAUGAUGACGAUGAGCUGGGUUUCCGCAAGAAUGAUAUAAUCACAAUCAUCUCCCAGAAGGAUGAGCACUGCUGGGUGGGGGAGCUGAAUGGAUUGAGAGGUUGGUUUCCUGCAAAAUUUGUGGAGAUGUUGGAUGAACGGAGUAAAGAGUACUCCGUCGCCGGGGACGAUUCAGUCACAGAGGGGGUGACGGACUUGGUCCGAGGGACGCUCUGUCCAGCGCUGAAGUCCAUAUUUGAGCAUGGGCUAAAGAAGCCAUCACUGCUGGGAGGACCCUGCCAUCCCUGGUUAUUCAUUGAGGAGGCUGCCAGCCGGGAGGUGGAGAGGGACUUCGACUCUGUGUACUCACGCCUUGUGCUCUGCAAGACUUACAGGCUGGAUGAAGAUGGCAAAGUCCUCACUCCAGAGGAGCUGCUCUAUCGAGCAGUGCAGUCGGUGAACAUGACGCAUGACACCGCGCAUGCCCAGAUGGACGUGAAACUUCGCUCCCUCAUCUGCGUGGGACUCAAUGAGCAGGUGCUGCACUUGUGGCUGGAGGUGCUAUGCUCGAGCCUGCAGACAGUAGAGAAAUGGUUUCACCCCUGGUCCUUCCUGCGCAGUCCUGGCUGGGUGCAGAUAAAGUGUGAGCUCAGAGUCCUCUGCAAAUUUGCAUUCAGUCUGUCCCAGGACUGGGAGCUUCCUCUAAAGAGAGAGGAGAAGGAGAAGAAGCCGCUGAAGGAAGGCGUGCAGGACAUGUUGGUGAAACACCAUCUCUUCAGCUGGGACAUCGACGGGUGACCCCUCCCAUGUCUCUGGGUGGACCUUCUUGACUGCGCACAUUCAACACACGCUCCCCUCUCCCUGACCCCUGACUGGAAAGAUGAGCCCCUCCCAUUCACUCUCAUCCCAGCUCCCUUCCUGCUUGUAGCAGUGACAAGGCCCACUUCAGGGUCUCUUGUGUCACUGGGGACAGACAGACUGACUGGCUGCAUGGCCACAGCAGCACAAACCACAGAUGCGCAGGACACAGUGACCAGCUGGCGUAAAUGCUCAACGCUGAGCACUUACAAGGACUUUCUCCCUCUCCCCCUCGCCUGUACCACUGUGCACUGGCCGAGCUGCCCGAGGAUCCCUGCCAGGGGUGCGCUCUGCCUUUGCCCUGGCAUUGCCUCUCUUGGCCCGGCUCUCUCAGGGUGCAGCUUUGCCUUUCCACACUGCCUUCCACUGGGUAAGUUAUUUGCCACCCUCUCGCCUGCUGUCUCCUGGUGGGGGAGAGCUCAUACCUGGACCAUGGGCCUCUGCCUUCAGUGUCCCAUGGGCUGUCAUGUGUGGUGCAGUCUCCACAGCGUUCCCAAGUGCCACUAGUUCAGAGUGUGCAAGAGGCAAGUGCCCCUUCAGGCGUGCCUUGCUCAUGGGUGGAAGACCAGUGCUGGGCAUGUGAGGGGUGGCACAUAGGGCCUAGCGGGCAGGAAGCUGGAAACAGCAAGGAGUACUGCCAGGGAAAAAAGAGGUGGUGACUGAGGGAAGGCAGCCUGUUGCUGGCAGGCCAGGGCUCAGCCUCUCCCCUCUCCUGCACUGCAGGAGCUCCCCAGGAAGCAGAGUCUGGCCUUAUGGGGCAGGGGAGCGCCACUGGUCUCGUCUCCUCUCCCCCAUGCUGCAGUGCACCAGCGUGCAGGGUGCUCACAAGAUGUGCCUCACGGACCAGCCUGUACCAACUCCAGCUGCCUUAGGGGAUAGGCUUUGUCUCUGCCCCCAGGUCCGAGACAGGAGCUGCCUGCCCUCUAAACAGAGUGUGUUUCAUGCUGUCAUUUUAGCCUCUAGUUGAUUUUUACUAUUAACCAAAAAGCUGUAAAUUUAAUCUCUAGAAAUGUGUGUAUAUUUUUGGCAUCUUAGCUCAGGAAGCGGGUUCAGGACUAAGCUGGCUCAGGGAGACUGACGGGGUCUCUGACCUGUGUGCAGGAGCCUCCAGGUCAGAGGUGGAGAAUUGCUAGUGGGAGUGGUAGCUUUGGUCUAUGGAGUCUGACUGUACAGUGAAAGCACUUGUGUGUGAGCACAACUCGUGAAAUGCCACUCACAUCCUACUCUCCUUUGUUCCGUGGGUUUGUAAAUAAACUGCAUCUUGGGAGACCGCAGUUGGCCUCUUUCUUUUCAUUGAGGCCUCAGAUGGUUUUGAGCUUCAUUCACUCCUGCUGUGCCAGGUACCUGCCCUCCAGGCUGCCCACUUGUCCAGAGGAGCGGGGACAGACAUUUGCUGUCUGUGAAGGGCUUGUUGCCUCCUGCUCACAGAGGGCGAAUGUCCCCGUGCAGUGGCAGAAAAGGCCACAGCACAAGGAAGUCUAGGAAGCCCUGAGACGCAGCCUUUCUCCUCCUCUCCCAGCUCCGUGGGCUGGGAGGGCAGAGACAAGGUGAUCCCUACUCCACUCCUAUCAGUGCUCCCUCCAGGAGAAGCUGCUCACGCAGUGGUUUGGUAUCUUUUUUUAAUAAAAUGGAUUUUUUUUUCCAAA